CCGUCGCCGUCGCCGCCGCUUUCAACGGAUAUCGAUAGCCCGUGUUUACACAACGACACCUCGACACCACCGAACGUCUCGCUCUCGGCUUUCUCACCGGGACUUCGACCACGAUUUUUCCGUCGUCGGUGCACGCACGCCGCAUCACCGACACCCUGGGAUCCGUGGCAAGUCAACGCGUAUCGUCACGAAGUUGCGUGAGUACAUUUUGUAACAAGUCAAAGCUGUAUCGUCCAAGGACGAUCAAAACGGGAGUGUUAAUCACCGAGCUCGAUCUAGCCAAGGAAUGUUCAUGUCUCUGGAAUACUCGAAGUUGAACUCUCUGCCGCGCUCGCCAGAUCCCAGAUCGUCGUGAACGUCGAACGAAAAACGAGGCCGCUGCUAAAACGUGCCCCGACACCAGAUUAUCGGCCACGUCGUGAUUGGGUAUUCGUUCGAAAUAAAUGGCCGCUAAUGGUAUUUCUGGUAGGUGUCUCGGCCGAUAAUGCGCGCUCCAUGGCCCGGCUAGCGUUAAAUCCACGAAAACAGCGCGCCGCUAGCCGAAACACCAUCGCGCCAUUGUCUCGCUAACGAUCCAACGUUUUAAUCGUUUCUCACGUCAAAAUUUCGUCGCCGUUGGAUCACAACAAAACAUCCUCUCAGAGAGAGAGAGAGAGAGAGAGAGAGAGAGAGAGAAGAAUCAACAGCAUCACGCACGCAGACGAUACAGCAGCGAUGAUGCACGUCGUCAUCGUCGUCCGCUGAGAUUGCACCAGCACCCGAGCAUUUCAGAUCGAAUUAUCUGACUGGAUUAAUGCUACAAUAGUGUCUUGCUGCGAUUCUAAGGAUGGUGAGCUGGUAGCAACAGACCAAGGCGUGUUUCCUCGACCUAAUCGCCAAUUCGAGGGGGAAAAAGCGGCAGAAGACUCGAAGAACAGGGGCGUCCGUCCGCGAAAUAUGGAGAACGUCGAGAACGCGGUACGGCGAGCGAGAACAUCACCGGACGAUAGUUGCGUCAAGGUUUCAACGAACAGACAUUAACUCGGUGACGGUGCAGCCAACGACACGCCUCGCGGCAGAGGAGGAUUGAUAUCUCGCGGAUCUAACCGUGACAGCGGACCAUGGUACAUUAUUUAAGGAGAUGAUAACCAACCGACACUGAAGAGUCUGCCACGGGCUGAGAUAAUAUAUCUGGUGCGUCAUGGAGGACAACGUGAACCAGGCUGCAAACUUGUCCACCGACGGGUUGGCGUUCACGGAUGCCUCGAUCAUCCUCAGGGCUCUGGUACUCGGUCUGCUGAUACUCGUCACCGUUGUUGGGAACCUGUUCGUGAUUGCGGCGAUCUUGCUCGAGAAGAAUCUACAGUCGGUGGCGAAUUAUCUGAUCGUCAGUUUGGCCGUCGCUGAUCUCAUGGUCGCCUGUCUGGUCAUGCCUCUCGGUGCAGUUUACGAGAUAAACUCCGGAUGGUCGUUGGGGCCUGAGCUUUGCGACAUGUGGACCAGCAGCGACGUUCUCUGCUGCACUGCCUCGAUAUUGCAUCUGGUGGCUAUCGCGGUCGACAGAUAUUGGGCAGUCACCGAUCUCAAUUAUAUACAGGCGAGGAAUCCACGGCGGAUCGGUAUGUUGAUCGUCGCCGUCUGGGUGGUGUCCUUAGGAAUCUCGUUGGCGCCUCAACUUGGCUGGAAGGAUCCUCAUUACUUGGAACGUAUAGCGGACGGGACGUGUCUCGUAUCACAGGAUCCUGCAUACCAGAUUUUCGCCACUUGCACCACGUUCUAUCUACCCCUGCUGGUUAUUCUAUUCCUGUACUGGAGGAUAUUUCAGGCGGCACGAAAGCGAAUCAGAAAGAGACCGGGAACUAUCGUGCAACCACCCCGUGAAAGAAGAGGCAUCCUUACACUCGUCACAAGAAGACCGAGGGAGGAGUCGACGGCGUUCACCAUAACGAGAUCCACGCCGGACCAUUCGUCAAUCUCGCCGGAGAAGUCGUCGUCGUACAACGGCGCGAACGCCACCCAGUCGACCACCGUGACACCGUCGGCGGUAUCGACGACCACGACAACCACAACCACCACCGUGACGAACCCUUCUUGCAGCCACUCGACCACGUCGUCGAGCAAGAGGACACGCGAAACGAUCGAGUCGAAACGCGAGAGGAAAGCGGCGAAAACGCUGGCGAUAAUCACCGGGGCGUUCGUUGCCUGUUGGUUGCCUUUCUUCUUGGUCGCGUUGCUACGUGCCACGUGCGAGGCCUGCGAGCCACCGGAGUUGAUGGCAAGCGUCUUCCUGUGGCUGGGCUACUUCAACAGCACCCUGAACCCUGUGAUAUACACGGUAUUUUCACCAGAGUUCAGGCAAGCCUUCAAGAGGAUGCUCUGCGGUGGUUCCAGGAUAAUUCGCUGACAGUGGAUAUAAAUUCGAUUCGAAAAGAGAGAGAAAACAAAAAGAAAAAAAAAAGAAAGAAAGGGAAAAAAGAAAGAGUAAAACGCGACAAGAGUGAUCGUCGAUGGGCGUGAGUGCGUCGAAAGGGAUGCGGAUGGAUGAACGACGAAAACGAUCUCGUGUACAUAAGACAUUGUUAAUUAUUAAUUCCUUACUCUCCUUUCGAAUAGCGUUCGAAACACCUUAUCCACGUAUCUUAGGCAAACCUUAGAGAAUCCGUGAAGCUUCUCCCUCCCUUGAAAUUUCCCUUCCGGAACGAUCGAACCGGUUUUCACUAUCGUAUGGAUACUGGUCGCGUUUAACACUCUCGCUGCUACAUUGCUACGAGGAUAAUUAACGAUUUGAUCGUCAAUGGGAUAAAUUCUAAGCAAUUCUGCUGACGCGAUUCUCUGCAUGUCGCGGAAGGGAUUGGUCUUGUUCGUAGCAGCGGGCGUGUUGAAGAUCCGCACGUGGUCAGUUUCCGAAAAUGUUUCUCGCGCACCGAGAGACAACUAUUUCUUAAAUAUAACGCCGCGUUACGCUCUUUAUUCUAACGGCGAGAAAGAGAAAACGAAAAGAGAAAGGAAAACGAAGGACACUUUUAUCUACUAACGUUUAGUUAACGACUGAAGGGAAGAAGAGGCGACGAGCGCCAAAAAAUAGUUUCGAGCGGAACGAAGCGAAUCAGAACGGGAAUAACGAGGAUGAAAUCUCGGGGUGAUGGAUUAUCCGGUGACCCAAUUGAGAUAGUCGCUCCACGACAGUCACUGUCGAUUGUUUUAAGAUUUCAAUUGAAGCAACGUCCUCUGACAACGAGUGGAAUUGUCUGCAAAAAGUCUUCUCUGCCUCGUUGUUAACGCGUUAACGGGCAGGGGACAAAGAAGUAAGAAAAUUUCGCUCGAUUCGCUGUACCUUAAACGGAUUACUCGUGAUUCAAUUAGACGACGCACAAUCCAACGAUCUCUCGCGCUAUCACACGCAACGUUGGAGCUGUUUUCACAUUGUGCGUCCAUCGAGACACACGUCGCCAAGGGAAGUUAAUUAGAAUCGAUGAGUUUGCUCGAAUACUGAUUGCUCGAACCGUUCGAAACAUUGGCGCCUACGCAUGUAUAAACGUUCUCAUUCUUUUCGUUGCUGCUCAUGAAAUCGUUCUCUGCGACCGUCUCAUAUAAAGAGGGAAAAUAAAAUAGGGUUAGAUAAAAAAAAAAAGAAAGAAAAAAAUAAAGAAUAAAAAGAAAUGAAAAAUAUUAAAAAAAAAAAAAAAAUGAAGAAGAAGAAAUGGUACCGUAGUUCCCACCGAUGUUCCAUCGAGUUCUCAUGGGUGAAUCAUAAAUCACGCGUCAUCGAUGAUGUCAUCGUUAACGUCGUUCUAUUGUAAAUACUAUGGCAUUUCUAUGAUAAGCUAUUCUUCCUCUCACUCUCUGAAGUACCGAAUGUGAAUCGGCGACGAAGAAGAGCGGCCAGGUGAUUGCAGCUUGCGCCAGUUAGUUCGCAUCGUUGUUCUCUCGAGGAAUGUCGCGUUCGUUUGCUCACAACCUCGAUUUUUGGCGCGAGACACGUCGGAAGAAAUCAUCUUCCACGCCCCUCUAAUGUUCCACGAUCGUGCGUACAAAUCAAAACUACGUUCCCUUCAGAAAGCAUUUAAGUAUUAUAUACACGUAUAUUUUGUUUUCACGUAUAGAUUUCGUGAGUUUAGUGUGCAAUUUUUUCCUACGAUUGUUAUUCUAUUCUUUCUUUCUUGGAUUUUUGAAGAGUAAUUUUAGAAAUUAUGUUCACUCUGGUCUGUCAUUCUGGAUAGAAUGUCUGUAGUUUCAGCUUUCUUUUUUUUAUUACAUACAUCUUGUUAAAAAUACUUUAAGCGAUCCUGUUUUUUUGUUAGACUUGUCGCGCUUUUAAUCCUUUACCUUCUUCCCGGAUCUUUUCGUUAAUAUUUCUCUAAUUAAUUCUUUUGCACUUUUGCCGCAAUCAUUUUAAUCAAUUCUACCAUUUCUCAUUCUUUCCAGAUCGCUUAGCAUUUUCCUUUCGAUUCUAGGAGCAAAAGUAUUCCAUCACCUUCUAGAUACAUAGGUUGUUUUUCUAUCAACUUGCCCUAAACGAAUCUCUCCUCUCUAGACACACGUUUAAAAAACAACAAGCAGCGACGUGUUCGUAAAUCGUUGAAAGAUUGUAUCAACGAUCGUCCAAAAACAUCUUAACUAUGUACGAAGCUUCUUUCUUUCUUUUUUGGAUUUUUCGAGAGUAAUUUUAGAAAUUAUGUUCACUCUGGUCUGUCAUUCUGGAUAGAAUGUCUGUAGUUUCAGCUUUCUUUUUUUUAUUACAUACAUUUUCUUAAAAUACUUUAAGCGAUCCUGUUUUUUGUUAGACUCUUCGCGCUUUUAAUCUUUUACCUUCUUCCCGGAUCUUUUCGUUAAUAUUUCUCUAAUUAAUUCUUUUGCACUUUUGCCGCAAUCAUUUUAAUCAAUUCUACCAUUUCUCAUUCUUUCCAGAUCGCUUAGCAAUUUCCUUUCGAUUCUAGGAGCAAAAAUAUUCCAUCACCUUCUAGAUACAUAGGUUGUUUUUCUAUCGACUUGCCCUAAACGAGUCUGUCCUCUCUAGACACACGUUUAAAAAAACGACAAGCAGCGACGUGUUCGUAAAUCGUCGAAAGAUUGUAUCAACGAUCGUCCAAUAACGCCUUAACUAUGUACGAAGCGCAUACGCUAGCGAGUUAUCGUUCGUUGUGUCAGCGUUCGAGUGUGUGAACUUCGAACGAUGCGACGAUCGAAGUCAAAUACCGAUAAACGAAGGAAGGGAAAAGCGUAUAACUAAAAAAGCGACCGAUAGCACGUUCGUGCUAUUUGUCCGACGAUUUCAUUAGCUUAAGAUUGCGCUCGAUUUCCGACGAUGCAAUAUUAAAAUAAACGAAUUCGACGACAAGUUUCGUGGUGUUCGAUUGUGCGGUGUGAGAGAAAACACACACGAAGAGAGAAGACACACACACACAUACAUACAUAUACACGCACAAACGCACGCGUACGUAUUGAAAAAGACAGGCGAGAAGACACGACGAGGCGAGAAAUGAAAAAAAAAAGAAAAAGAA